CUCAGGGAAGCGAAGGAGGUGGAGACCAAACUGAGCAUUCAUAAAGACAGGAGUUGAUCUCCUAGUUUUAAAACGCCGCUCUCAGUUCAAGCCUUAAAGUAGCGUAGAACUAGCCCGCAAGCCACUAACUUACACACGACAACUCGUCAGACAGAGAAGGUACAUUGUAACACUGCGGUUCCAUUGUAGAAAGUUGAAUGGACUUGAUUAUUGCACGGACAUCUCAUUGUUUUUAUUGACUUUUGAGGACGUCUUUUCAAUUUACUGGGAGCUUUAACUUCCACACACUUUAAACGACACGUUCUUAUUGACAAGACCACUAUAACGAACUGCCAUCGUGAAUAUCUGAUCUCCGUGUUUGUCCGGACUCGGAUUUUAAAGACAAAGAAAUAAGGAGGAUCUUUCAAAUGCAAAACUAUAUGUAUGAGAAGGCGAUGGCACCUGAAACAAGAAACGGGGGAACAUCUACGUUAAAUAACAACGGCGUAGACAACAACAAGAGGAAACUUUUAAUAGUGCUAGAUAUCGUCUGCCUUAUCCUGGUCAUGCUGCCCUCGAUGGUGUUGCAUAAAUCGACAGUGCAGCCAUACCAGCGUGGGUUCUACUGCUCGGAUGACACUAUCCGCUACACCUAUAAAAACAGCACUGUGCCGUCUUCUGUGCUGACAGCUGUGGGCCUCCUCCUGCCCAUUGCCAGCAUCGUGAUUGGCGAAUGCUACAGGAUCCAUUACCUGAACCAGGGCUCCAAGUCAUUUGUGGGAAACCCAUAUGUCUCCACCCUCUAUAGACAAGUGGGCGUGUUCAUCUUCGGAUGUGCCGUCAGCCAAUCGUUUACUGACAUCGCCAAGGUUUCGGUUGGGCGCAUGAGGCCACACUUCAUAGAUGUGUGCAAUCCUGACUUCUCCACCAUCAGCUGCUCUCUGGGAUAUAUUACUAACUACACAUGCCGUGGAGAUGACAGCAAAGUUCAGGAGGCCAGAAAAUCCUUCUUUUCUGGACAUGCUUCGUUCUCAAUGUACACCAUGCUGUACCUGGCGUUCUACCUGCAGUCUCGGUUCACGUGGCGAGGAGCUCGUCUUCUGAGGCCUCUCCUCCAGUUCACCUUGCUGAUGAUGGCCUUCUACACUGGCCUAUCACGCGUCUCCGAUCACAAGCACCACCCCACUGAUGUCUUGGCUGGUUUCGCCCAGGGAGCAUUGGUGGCAUACUGCAUAGUCUUCUAUUUAUCGGACCUCUUCAAACCCAAAGCCAAGACUGCCACUCCACCACCCUCACCAAUCAAGAAAGAGCUCCUCCCCUCUUCUGACAUCAUAGAGAGGAACAACCACCACAACAUUGUGUAGAUGAACCGGGUAGAUCCGUUUGUAAUCUCACCUCCCUCACCUCCCCAUCCCCUGAAGAACCAGAACAGCCACCUGUGACAGAGAAGCUCCAGUUUAGCUGAUACCUUCUCUCUCUCAUCUGACAGUAGAAUGUAGGAACAGAGACAAUCCCGAUGACUCUUUAUUAUGACCUCACAAUCCUUGAGCCCAAUGAAAUGGACACACAAAACUAAACGAACAAACAAAAAAAAGUAUUCGAUUUUUUCCUUUUUUAAAGCAACGUGGAUCAUGUUUGUGAAUUUCGGGGGAUUUUCGAGCUCGGGUAAACCACCCCAACUGAUAGAACUUGGGGGACAGAAAGUUAUGAAUUUAUAUACAACAGCGUAGAUGAACGACAACGAAUGGAAGGAGAGGGCGAAUGCGAGGCUGGUCACGUGACCAGGACUGCUCUCUUUCUGGUCCUGUUAUCCUCUGGUCCUUUGUCUCUGUGGCCUUUCAACAAUAUAGGACAACAAAUUCCUUAUAAAUAGGAAUGAUUCUUUUUUUACCUGCGAUGUAAUUAGCACAGAUAUAUUAACAAUAUAAAGAAUAACUUAUAGCACUAUAUCCAAGUUCAUUGUUUAAUGUCACCACUAUAUGAGAAGUGGAGCUAGGAGUAGCUUGAUGAAGGGUUGCAGACGUGAUGGGCAUUUGCGUGCCACUAAGCUCCUACAAUAUGGUGUUGUGCAUCCCCUUUAAGAAUGGGAAGCAAAAUGACAUCCCUUAGUAUAUACCCCUGAAGUUAGUUUGAUACACAUGACCCGUCAAAGCUGAUCCUGGCCAAACUAUAUGGGAAGAAGCAUAGUUUCAGGGUUUAGGGGGUGAUUAAGCUGAUUUGAAAAUGUAUUUUGAUUUUAAAGGACGAUUUCACGAUGGGCACCACCAGUCUCCACCUAAAUUCUGGAGGCAUGGCUGAGCCAUGCAUCCUCGCUGUCUUCUGAUUGGUCAGCGCUAAAGCGGGGGCGGAGUUAGAGAUUGGGGAGCGUAAGGUGACCACGGUCGUUAGGGUUGACUCCCAUUGGCACAUUUUUUUUCAUUUUGAAAUGGGGAAUGAGCAUCUUCUGCUGGCUGGUAAGAUCUCUUUCUCUUGUUACUGCAUGAUUUACCCAUAAUGCCACCUGUGCCCUCUGCCUAUCCUGGCAUGAGUCAAGCUGCCCAUACCCCAGCGUUUUUUGGUGGGGGACGGGAUGUGGGGUCCCUCCACAGGUGUAUUCUAUCCCAUGUGUUUGUCUGUGUCUGUGCGAGCCUGUGAGCGUGUUUGUGUCGCUGUUUCCGCACCUGGUCCAGGUGCAGCGGACAGUUUCCAUGUGAAGAAAUAUUGAACUUAAGAAAACUGUGGACUUUUUCGAAAUGCCUAUUCUUAGCCUUUGUGUUCUUGUCUUGAUAAUGUCUACUGUUCCCACUAACAGCUGUACAGUACUGCCUGAUUAUUCCAGAAAACACAUCCAUACAACACAACUAAAGCUCCAAAUGUAUUGCACAUCCCUCCCAAUGUAUAGUCCGUCCUAUCAUUUCAACAGACAGUUUUAUUUCUCUCUCAGAAAUAUAUAAAUAAUGUAUAAAUCACUAAAAUUAACUAUGUAAAAUAUUAUUUCUCAACAUUUUUAGAUAUAUCCACUAUGAAUCUAAAAAGCAAUGUGUCAUGACCUGUGUUAUUUACAAAGUGCUGCUUUUACGAGCAUUGAUUGACAGAUUUUUUGUAUUCAGGUAACUAAAAUAUUGUAGAUUUGUGAUAGUAAGUUUUUAAUAACUGUUGAAUAAACGCAUACAAUUGUAUCAAAAUUCAUUUAGUAUUUUUGUAUUGUCUCAUUUUGUACAAAGAAAUAGUAGCAAAAAUUUUUCCUGCUAAAUGUACUUAGCUCUAAUACAUGUGCUUUUAAAUAAAAGC